CAUCACCUGUUUCUUCGCCCCCUCUUCCCCCACUUUAUUAUGCCCCUAUGUAAUAAAAUUUGUUAAAGAGCCUGUGGGACUUUGGGAUUGCUGCUCUCUGGAGGAAUUCAAACAUCCACUGCACCCCAGCAGAGAGGAAACUGCCAAUUAGGAAACAGGGAGCAAAGUCCUCUUGCAAGGUGAAAGGAGACUCGCGCGCAGGUCAGCAGCAGCUGAGCAGAGACCGGCCAGUCUCCCCACGGAAACGCCACUCGGGGCCAGGCUGCCAUGGACGCCCUGGUCCGACUCCUGCAGCUGCUGGUGUUUCUCCUGACCCUCCCCCUGCACCUCAUGGCUCUACUGGGUUUGUGGGAGCCCCUGUGCAAGACCUAUUUCCCCUACCUGAUGGCCGUGCUGGCGGUCAAGAGCAACCGAGUGAUGGAGAGCAAGAAACGGGAACUCUUCAGCCAGAUCAAGGGGCUGGCAGGUGCCUCGGGGAAGGUGGCCCUGCUGGAGCUGGGCAGUGGCACCGGUGCCAACUUCCAGUUCUACCCCACUGGCUGCAAGGUCACCUGCCUGGACCCCAAUCCUCACUUCGAGAAGUUCCUGACAAGGAGCAUGGCCGAGAACAGGCAUCUCGAGUAUGAACGGUUUGUAGUGGCUUUCGGAGAGGACAUGAGCCAGCUGGCUGACGGCUCCAUGGACGUGGUGGUCAGCACCUUGGUGCUGUGCUCCGUGCAGAGUCCAAAGAGGGUCCUGCAGGAAGUCCGGAGAGUUCUGAGGCCGGUGAGCAGAAAGGGAAGGAUCUGGGCGUGAGCCGCAAUGUAGCAUCGGCCGCCCCAGUGUCCAGGGCACCCAGGAUGGGGUAUCUCCUGUACUAGGGCAUGAGUCACCCAUCCCCAGCUGCUUUUGAUCAGGAGAUGUGACCAGGGCCCGGCUGGGCAGGAUAGGGUGCUGUGGAAGCACACAGCAGAGCCACCAAACAAAGUGGGGGGAGAUGAGUGGAGGACAUCCAGGGACGUGGCGUUUAAAUGGAGACCUGAGGGGUUAGGCAGGUGGUGGAGAGAGUGUGGGAAACAAAAGCGUGUUCUAGGUAAAGAUGUUAGAAGCGGAAUCCAUAACGGGACUCCUGUGGUGGCUCAGAUGGUAAAGAAUCUACCUACCAGAAGAUCCGAGUUCGAUCUCUGAGUCAGGAAGACCCCCUGGAGAAGGGAAUGGCUACCACCCAGGUAUUCUUGCCUGGAGAAUUCCAUAGACAGAGGAGCCUGGCGGGCUUCAGUCCAUGAGGCCACAAAGAGUCGGACACGACAGAGCAACUAACACACAGAAUCCAUAAGAUUGGGAACUGGACGUGGAGAGAAAGGAGUUCAGGAUGGUUUCCAGGUUUCUGGCAUAAACGACUAGUGGAGGGAGUGAAGGAGGGUAGACGGAAGUGCGUUUGCAAGAAAGGAGAAACCUGUUCUGGACUUGUGAGGUCUGAGGUGCUAUGGAGACAGCCAGGCGAGAGACACAGAGGCAGCUGGAUGUCUAGAUCUGUAGAUCAGCAAAGGAUGUAGCCUGGAGAUUUAGAUUUGGAAGUCACCAGUUUGUAGCUGGUAAAUUCCAAGCAUAGGGGUGCAUGAGAUCACCGAGGGAGGGUGCAGUGAGGAGGGAAGAGCUGGAGGAGCUCUCGCUUAAUAAGGAGCCCAAGUGCAAGGUGUCCCUGGGAUGCUGGCUGAGAUGUCUGGAACACAGGCAUCUGGGUCUCUGGGAGGGCUCUGGGGGAGCAUCUUUGUACGCAAUAAGGUCUGUGCCCCUGGUUCUCCACCUCCCCAUCUGUCUGCCCACAGCUAAGCUGUCCUUCUGGUCAUUGUUCAAAGAUCUCUCACCAGCAACCCCCUGGGUCACCGGAGGCUUUUCACACUGGCUUUGAGUGGAUGGGAAGGAGUCAGGGGAUGCAGAGAAAGUCAAGAGCAGGAUGCUCUCUGCCCCCUAAACUUGCAGACUGGCACCUCCCACUCCACCAGGAGGCUCUGAUCGGGCUAGGUCAGCGGAUGGUGUGAGGUCAGAGGAAGGAAGUGGAGCAGGUGGGUGACGCGCUCUCUUCUCUUACAGGGAGGAGUGCUCUUUUUCUGGGAGCACGUGGCAGAGCCGCGUGGAAGCUGGGCCUUCCUGUGGCAACAAGUUUUACAGCCCACCUGGAGGCACAUUGGGGACGGCUGCCACCUCACCAGAGAGACCUGGAGAGACCUGGAGGACGCCCAGUUCUCUGAACUCCAAGUGGAACAACACCCUCCUCCCAUCAAGUGGUUACCUGUAGGGCCCCACAUCAUGGGAAAGGCGGUGAAAUAAGCCUUCC